UUCUUUCAGAUUUUUCUUUCUUUUUUCUUUCUCCUCCAGUUACACUGGUUCUUUGUUUGUUUGUCUGUUUCUUUUCUUUCUUUCUUUCUUUCUUUCUUUUCUUUCUUUCUUGAAUUCUUCUUUCUUUCUUUCUUUCUCCUCCAGUUACUGGUUCUUUCUUUCUUUCUGUCUGGUUCUUUCUUUCUUUCUUUCUGUCUUUACUUUCGCCUCCAGUUACACAGGUUGUUUGUUUUCUUUUCUUUCUUUCUUUCUUGAAUUCUUUCUUUUUCUUUCUUCUUUUUUUUCUUUUCUUUCUUUCUUUCUUUUCUUUCUCUCCUCCAGUUACACUGUUGGUUCUUUUUCUUUCUUUCUGUCUGUCUGUCUUUCUUUCUUUCUUUCUUUCUUUCGCCUCCAGUUACACUGGUUUUUUUUUCUUUGUCUGUUUCUUUUUUCUUUUCUUUCUUUCUUUCUUUCUUUCUUUUUCUUUCUUUUCUUUCUUUCUCCAGUCUCCUCAGUUACACUGGUUCUUUCUUUUUUUUGUCUGUCUUCUUUCUUUCUUUCUUUCUUUCUUUCUUUCUUUUCUUUCUUUUCUUUCUUUCUUUCUCCUCCAGUUGGUUUCUUUUCUUUCUUUUGUUUGUCUUUGUCUGUUUCUUUCUUUCUUUUUCUUUCUUUCUUUCUUUCUUUCUUUCGCUUUUCUUUCUUUCUUUCUUUCUCCUCCAGUUACAGUUCUUUCUUUCUUUCUGUCUGGUCUUUCUUUUCUUUCUUUCUUUCUGUCUGUCUGUCUUUCUUUCUUUCUUUCUUUCUUUCUCCUCCAGUUACACAGGUUGUUUGUUUGUCUGUUUCUUUCUUUCUUUCUUUCUUUCUUUCUUUCUUUCUUUCUUUCUUUCUUUCUUUCUCCUCCAGUUACACAGGUUGUUUGUUUGUCUGUUUCUUUCUUUCUUUCUUUCUUUCUUUCUUAAAUUGUUUCUUGAAUUCUUUCUUUCUUGAAUUCUUUCUUUUUUUUUUUUCUUUCUUUCUUUCUUUUCUUUCCUCCUCAGUUACACUGGUUCUUUCUUUCUUUCUGUCUUCUGUCUUUCUUUUUUUCUUUCUUUCUUUUCUUAAUUGUUUCUUUUCUUUCUUUCUUUCUUUCUUUCUUUCUUUCUUUCUUUCUUUCUUUCUCCUCCAGUUACACAGUUUGGUUCUUUCUUUCUUUUUCUUUCUUAAAUUGUUUCUUGAAUUCUUUCUUUCUUUCUUUCUUUCUUUCUUUCUUUCUCCUCCAGUUACACAGGUUGUUUGUUUGUCUGUUUCUUUCUUUCUUUCUUUCUUUCUUUCUUUCUUUCUUUCUUUCUUUCUUUCUUUUUCUUUCUUUCUUUCUUUUCUUUCCUCAAUUACAGGUUCUUUCUUUCUUUCUGUCUUUGUUUGUCUGUUUCUUUCUUUCUUUCUUUCUUUCUUUCUUUCUUUCUUUCUUUUUCUUUCUUUUUUUCUUUCUUUCUUUCUUUUCUUUCUUAGAAUUUUACACUGGUUCUUUCUUUCUUUCUGUCUGUCUGUCUUUCUUUCUUUCUUUCUUUCUUUCUUUCUUAAAUUGUUUCUUGAAUUCUUUCUUUCUAUUCUCCAACUCUUUCUUUCUUUCUCCUUUACACUGGCGGUUCUUUUCUUUUGUCUAUUUCUUUCUUUUCUUUCUUUCUUUCUUUCUUUUCUUUUCUUUCUUUCUUUCUUUCUUGGAGUCUUUCUUUCUUUCUUUUCUUUCUCCUCCAAUUUACACAGGUUCUUUCUUUCUUUUUUCUUUGUCUUUCUUUUUUCUCUUUCUUUCUUUCUUUCUUUUCUUUCUUUCUUUCUUUCUUCUUUCUUUCUUUCUUUCUCCUCCAGUUACACUGGUUGUUUGUUUGUCUGUCUUUUUUCUUUCUUUCUUUCUUUUUUCUUUCUUAAUUCUUUCUUUCUUUUCUUUCUUUCUUUUCUUUUUUUCUUUCCUCCAGUUACACAGGAAUUCUUUUUUUUGAAUUCUUUGUUUCUUUCUUUCUUUCUUUUCUUUCUUUUCUUUCUUUUCUCCUCCAGUUACACUGGUUCUUUCUUUCUUUUGUCUUCUGUCUUUCUUUCUUUCUUUCUUUUUUUCUUUCUUUCUUUCUUUCUUUUCUUUCUUGAAUUCUUUCUUUCUUUCUUUCUCCUCCAGUUACACAGGUUGUUUCUUUUUUCUUUGUUUCUUUCUUUUCUUUCUUUCUUUUCUUUCUUUCUUUCUUUCUUUCUUGAAUUCUUUUCUUUCUUUCUUUCUUUCUCCUCCAGUUACUUGGUUCUUUCUUUCUUUUGUUUGUCUGCUUUUCUUUCUUUCUUUCUUUUUUGUUUCUUUCUUUCUUUUUCUUUCUUUCUUUCUUUUUUUCCUCCAGUUACACUGGUUUUACUGGUUCUUUCUUUUCUGUUGUUUUUUUUCUUUGUUUCUUUCUUUCUUAAUUGUUUCUUUUCUUUCUUUCUUUUCUUUCUUUCUUUCUUUCUUUCUUUCUUUCUUUCUCCAGUUACACAGGUUGUUUUUGUUUUCUUGAUUCUUUCUUUUUCUUUCUUUCUUUCUUUCUUUCUUUACACUUUCUUUCUUUUUCUUUCUUUUUCUUUCUUUCUUUCUUUCUCUUUCAGUUUCUUUUCUUUGUUUUUUCUGUUUCUUUCUUUCUUUUCUUUUCUUUCUGUCUUCACAGCUAUUCUUUAUUUUCUUCUACACUGUCUCUUCUAUUUUAUUUCUUUCCUUCUUUCUUUCUUUAUUAAUUUAUUCUUUUGUUAUAACUUUUCUUUCUUAUUUUUGUUCCUCACUUUCUUUUUUAUCUAUCUAUCUAUCUAUCUAUCUAUCUAUCUAUCUAUAGAUAGAGAGAUAGAUCCGCUCGGGUUAUCUAUCUAUCUAUCUAUCUAUCUAUCUAAGUUUGUUCAUGACUAUCUAUCUAUCUAUCUAUCUAUCUAUCUAAGUCUGUUCAUGACUGUCUCUGUUGAUAUCUAUCUAUCUAUCUAUCUAUCUAUCUAUCUAUCUAAAGAAGGAAUUAAUAGAAGUGAAAUGUUUGUUACUUAG